AUGAAUAUUGAAGAGUUGAAGGAGUCUAUAUCGAGACUAGGAUAAUCAUAGGAGUAAGUUAAAAUGGAUAUAUUAAAGUUGUCAGAGUGAUCUGGAGAUAAUAUGGUAAUAGAUCUAGCAUUAAGUGGGUUUGGAUUUGAUAUAUCAAAGUGGAAAGGCAGUGAUUGAAUUGAGAUAGUAUGCUAUGGGUUGGAAGGUAAGUUUUACUGUGAUUGAGGAUAGUAAGCAAAUAGGAUCUUGUCGCAUAUAGUGAGGGUGUGUUUAAAUGCGAAGGAACAACUAAAGGCUUGGGAAACGAUGAGGAUUGUGAUGGAUCCAGACAAGCAAAUAUAUAAAUGUUAUGAGUUGCAUCAGAUUGAUGUAAAUUAGGUAUCAGUAACAAAAUGAUGAGAUAGUUUUCACAUCAUGAAUUUACACAGCAUGAGUUUUGUGCAGAAUUGCAAGAAGGUUAAUAGGUGGAUGCAUUGUAUGAUGAUGAGAAAGGAAAUGUGAUAGGUUGGUGUAGAGCAACAAUUGACAAGUUGAAUGAGAAAUUUGUGUGGGUCAAAUGGCUUGAGAAUGACGAUAAGAGGAAGAUUGUCAGAUACUCAAUGGAUUUGGCACCAUUUAAAAGCAAAGUUACAGAUGAGGAAUGGCAAUGGAGACAUUCUCUAUAGCCUGGUGAUCUAAUUGAUUGUUUAGAUAAUAGACAAUGGCAGAAUGCUACUAUUAUUGCAGCCUUAAAAGACGAACAUGUUGAAUAUAUCGUUGGCUUUAGGGUUUAUGAUGAGAAAGGGAAUCUCUACGAUUCAAUGGGCAAGAGAUACUUUGGUUGGAACUCUCAAUAUGAUGAAAGAAUUCGAGCAGUUAGUCCUAGAAUUCAGAAAAUCAAUACCUUUUCUAAAGGUCAAUAUCCGAAUCCUUAUAGUCAGGAAGAUAUCAUCCAUGAUUGCAAUGAUUUCUUAUAUCCUGAGAAUCACUAUGCUAUUCCCAGAUUCUCGACUAAGCAAACUCGUCGUUCAAUCGUUCUUACUUAGAUGAUCAAUGAUUUUGGAUCUUAAGGAUUGUUUCAAUAUAUUUUAGAAUAAAUCUAAGCUAAGUGCACAAUAGACUUUCUUCAUCUUUAUAUGCAAGUUCUCAAUAACAUUUAUGAAAUGUUACACAAAUAAUUUGUCAGUAAUUAUGUCCCUGCCUUGUAAGUUGCGGUGUAAAACAACAUUUUAUAGUCUACAGAUAAUAAUCUGCGCAAUUUCUCAGCUCAGAAAAUUACAGACAUUUUGCAGUCCUUAUCCAAUUUAAUGAAAAGAGUAUACCCAAUCUAAAGAAGGUCGGAAAUUAUUGAUAGAUUUGAUUUAGAUAUUGCAUUUAAAUGUUUCACUAGUGAUUUCUUGGAGAGAAAAAUCUAGGGAUUGAAAGCCAUUUAAGAAUUGAUCAAACGAACUAAAGACCUCUUUAAUUCAUAUGGGAUGUAAGAAUCCCAAAAGCAAGCAGCCAUUUAAAUGAUAUUGGAAUGGUUGAAUGAGAAAAAAAUAUUUGAAACUUUAUAUGCUGGUUCAGGUAAUUCCCAUUUAGUUUAAAGAAGUGGGGAAUUCUUUAAAUUCCUGAUUGAGGAAAGAAUGAUUGGAAUCCAGAACCUCAAGGAGAUUUGGAACAGUUUAGAAAAGGCCGAAUAUGAACAUAAAUUAGCUAUUUACAAAUUAUUUAAGGAUGCCUCGAAUUCUCUGGAGAAGGAAUGGUUGGAUUUCUUAACUGAUGAAAUUUGUAGCAGAGACCCUAAGGAAGUGAACAAAGAUGAAUUGGAUUUAUUGUAAGAUAUUAUUAAAUCAAAUCAUAAGUAUAAAGAGGAUUAUAUUAUAAAGUGUUGUAAUUACUAUUGGAAUGUCUUAAAGAAUGGGUAACUGAAUUAGACUCUUUUUGAGUACUAUCUAGCAUAGUAUAUAGAAUAAGUGACAUCAUUUGAAAUGAGACCACAUAAGGGAGUAUAAAUUAAGAUGAUCGGAGAAAGCAUAGUAAAAUAGGAAUCUGCUAGUAUUGGAUUGAGAGUGCUCAUUAAAUUGAUAGAAAAGUUGGAUAUCUCACCUGCAGCUUGGGAACAAUACACUCGCAAUGUUGCGCUAACAGAUCUAUAAUCUUAAUGCGGAAUUAUUGAAUAAAUAUUUACAUAAAUUAGAGAAAUCAAAAAGUAACAUGGUAGCUUAGAGGAAAUCAAAGUUAGAAUGCACUUUAUAUAGAUGUUCUAUUAGAACAUUAGCACUUAUGAAUAUCGUCUAACAUUCAAUGUUAUAUCCACUUUAUGGGAUUUGUUGGUUUGCUAAUCUGAAUGUUAAUCUGAAAAAGAUCUCGUUUUUAAAUGGUUUAGCACAUUGUCAAAUCAAGAUGGGUAGUCUUAAUUGAUUUCAAUGGUUGAAAUCUCUGAACUUAAGGCUUUUUUUAUUGAUAAAAUGGCUAAUGAUUUGGCUCAUUUGACUGAAGAAGGAUUUAAUUGUCUCAAGACUGUAUUAUCCACAAUUAAUAAAUUUGAGAGUUUUGGUUUUGAUGUCUUAUGGUAAAUAAUACUAGAAGGGGAAAAUGAAAAAGUAUCUUAAAUGGCUAUUGAAUAUAUCCAUUCAUUCUAAACGACUGUUGAGGAAUUAUUUAACAAAUUGUAAGAAAAUAAGAAAUAAAAUUAAAAAUUACUGAGAUGUUUAUUAGUAUUAGAAGAUUUCAUAGAUUAAAGUGAAGUAAAUGGAGUUGGAAAUUUAAAGAGUUUGAAUGCUCUCUCAAAAGGUGAAGAACUAUCAAUCUAAAUUUAAUAUGAAAAUAGUUAGUAAAGAAGAUUUACAAUCAAAAUAAAUGACAAUUAAACAAUUGUAGAAUUACGAUUGGCAAUCAGCAAGGUGAUUAAACUCCAAUGGGAUGCCAUAGGUUUGAAUAGUCUUAAAGGUGAAAUAAAGUUUACAGAGAAUGGCAAAAUGAUAAAGGAUCUUAGAUUAAAGAAAGAUGAAAUAAUUAUGGUUUUUAAAAGGCAAGUGAAGGAUGCCCCGGAAACUUAAUUGUUGGAUGGGGAGAACCUUUCAGAAUAAGCUAAAGUAGUGUUUGCAGAAAUCUUCAGUGAAUAUUCAACCGAUGGCAAAAUGACAAAAGAGGAUUGUACUAGAUUUGUUACUGGAUGCACUGGUAAUCCAUGCAGUAUUGAUGAUGCUAACAUAUAACGAACGUUUGAACAAUAUGAUAGAGACAAAGAUUAGAACUUAACCCUAUAGGAUUUCUAUGACUUUUAUACUGAUUCAGCCAGAACCAAAAGGUCGACUGUUUGGUUGAAUUUACAAACCUUACACUAUAGAAAUGAUUUAAUAAGAGGAGAUCGAGUACCUUUGCCUGAAAUCAACGCUUAACUAUUACCAAGAGGAUAGAUUGUUCAAAAUUAAGAAUAUUUAGAGUUGUUAUUCGAAUUCCUCUUAAAUUCUAGCUAUGAGGUUCAAGAGAAAACUUGGUAUUUAUUGAGAAGACUACCACCUUCUCCUUAAUUGAUCAAACAGAUGUUAACAUUUGAGAACAUCACCUAACCAACUGAUUGGGAUUCAAUCUUGGUGAGUAGUCAUUAUAGAUUGUUAUACAGUUUGUAUAUUAUUGAAUUUCUGAUGAACCAAUAAGACUCAAAUCAUUUAUAGGCUCUAAUAGAAGAUUAAGAUAUUCUCAAAUUAAAGGAUAAAUGGAUGAGUAAGUUUUUGCAAUUGGGUGGGUUUGAUAGAUUAUUGCAGUUUUUCAAAGAGUAUUAAGGUAAGAGUGUAAGUACCUUAUCACAAAUAGAAAAGGAGAUAUUAUCAUUUUUGUUGAACACAUUUUAAAAUUAUAUUAUUGCCGCUUGUGCUGCUUACAUUCCUAAUCUGUAUAAAGCAUCAAGAGGUAUUUAAUAAAUAAAGCCUUUGGAUUAAGUGUUAUUGGAUAUUAGAUAAUCAGAAGAGUCAGAGGAAUUUCAACUGUUGGUUUAGAAAUUAAAGGAAAGUAGAUUAGGUGAUGAUAUUAUAGAGAAAAUCGAAAAUUUCAUCCCUGUUUUGAUACAUCUGAUACAAGAAUUGUUAAAAUGUAAUGAGUUGGAAUAGGAGGACAGAUAAAUUAUUGAACACAGCAUAAUAAUUGUAAUAGUUAUAUUGUUGAAUAAUCAGAAAUUAUUGGCAACAAGCAUUGAAAACAUUGAAUUCAUCAACAUAUUUUUCAGUGGCAUAUUUACUGGUACAUCAGAUUCCUUACGCAAUCUAUUUAGCAGGGCAAUCCUAGUACUUUGUCAUGAAAGCUAAAAGAAAAACAAUUAACCGACAAGAAUCAUGUUAUAAUAAUUGAUAGUAAUGCAAAACUCUUAGGGUAAUUCAGCCCAAUAUUAUGAAUUAUUGAGUCAAUUAAUAGAUAGUGCUUUUGAGACUGAAGAAUCGUAACAAUUCAUUGAUUAUUAACAACUAAGUCAAUAAAUGUUUCAAAAUUUAAUGAAUUACAAAAGCUAAGAAAAUAGAUAGAAGAAUACUCCUACUGAUAAAAUAUUGGUUGGUUUAUUGAAUCUUUUGACUAAGUUAUAUAGAUUCAUUAAAUAACCAAUUGUGGAUAUUAUAUUCAAUGAUUGUCUAUUCAGCAUGUCAGAGGAUAAGGAGAUUAAGUGCAAAUCUGUAGAAAGCAGACAAGUAGCCUUUAAAUUGCUCCACAAUCUAGCAUAAUAAUAGAACAUUGAUACAAUAGUGACAAACCUACAAUUACUAAGUUAAAAGAUACCAAUAAUAAAUAGAUGGAAUUACAUCCCUUCAAGUGAUAUGAGAAGUAACCUUGGAUAUUGUGGUAUCAAAAAUCUCAGGUGUAUUUGUUACAUGAAUGCUAUGUUAUAACAAUUUUAUAUGAUAAAGCCAUUUAGAUAUGGCAUUCUGUAAGCUAAUGAUCACAAAGAUGUCGAUUUAUAAUUGAGUAAAACAGGAUUUACAUAUGAUGAUAAUGUAUUACAUCAGUUGCAAUAAAUGUUCAGUUAUUUAGAACUAUCAGAUCGUAUUGAUUACAAUCCUUAAGAAUUUUGUGCAGCAUUUAAAGAUUAUGCUGGUGAGCCAGUCAACAUAUUUAUCUAAUAAGAUGCACAAGAAUUCUUAAAUAUGAUCUUUGAUAAGUUGGAGAACCUGUUAAAGGAAACUGUCUAUAAAAACAUAAUGGAUGGAGUAUUUGGCGGAAAGACUUGCACAUUGAUAGAAUGUUAAAAUUGUAAAGUGACAAAAAGCAAGGAAGAAAUAUUUUACAAUUUAUCUUUGCUUAUUAAGAAUUUAAAGACUUUAUAGGAAUGUUUUGAUAAAUUUGUAUAAGGAGAGGUUAUUUCUGAUUUCAAGUGUGAGAGUUGUAAUUAGAAAGUUGAUGUGAAAAAAUGUUAACAAUUGGCUCGAUUGCCGAAUAUAUUAAUAUUACAUCUCUAAAGAAUUGUAUUUAAUUUAGACACUUUUAUGAAUGAGAAGAUUAAUACAAGAUUGGAAUUCCCAAUUAAUUUAGAUCUGCAAUAAUACACUAUUAACAAAGAUCAAUGCACACAAUAUCAAUUGGUUGGAGUAGUUGUUCAUGUUGGUACUGCUGAUGUUGGACAUUAUUUCAGUUAUAUAGAUAUCAAAAAUUAAGAUUAAUGGCUAGAAUUUAAUGAUCAUAAAAUAAAGGAAUUUAAAUUAAAGUAAAUGGAACAAGAAUGUUUUGGAGGAUCAAGUAAUUUUGAUUAUAAUGAUAAUGAUGUUUGGGGAACAGGGUUUAGAGAGAAUUCUUAAAGUGCUUAUAUGCUCAUUUAUGAGAAGGUGUAGAAAGAUCAAAUAUCUUUAGUAUUCAAUAGUGAACAAGAACUGUAAGAUCACAUAGAUUAAUUUGACAAUUACACUAUCGAUCCUGAUUAAAAGAAUGUAUUAUAGGUUGACUAUAAUUCAUUGAAACCUUAUAUUCCAACUGAAUAUCAAAAGAAAGUGAAUUGCGAUAAUCAGAAAUUUUUAUUAGAACGCAAUUUGUUCAAUUAAGAUUUCUUGAAGUUUAUACUAGAUGCUAGUGAAUUUGUGAAUGAAAGUAAUGCAUCCAAGAUGAUUGAUGUGUUAAUUAAGUUUAAUUACGAUCUGUUGUCAAGAGCAUAUGAAAAUUCAUUGAUGGAUUAAUUUAAUUCCAAAAUUGUACAAUUAAUUUAAUAAUAUCCAAGUAUCAGUUAUCUUGAUUUGAUUUACUUUGGCAAAUUAAACAAAGUGGUGGAUUUACUAUUAGUGUGUCCUGAGGCAAGGACACGAAAACACAUGAGCAAAUUGUUAUCGACUCUAUUUAAUCAAGCAAUCUAGAUCGAAGGCUAAAUCACAGAGAAAUUGAAUGAAGGAUUAGAUCAGUUAUUUUCAAUGAUUCAAGAUCAAGUGCCUAAGAAUUGGACAAGAUAUGAGUUUUAUUUUCAAUUCUGGUUAGACUUUCUGUAGGAAGGUAAACUCUAAUAAGAAUAUUUAAUGAAAAAAAACAUGGUCUUGUAUAUGAUAGAUUUUAUACUAGAUAAAGGCAGUCCAUUGUAAUUAUAUGAAAAAAAGGUUUAGAUGGGUAAUGCCUAUGUAUCCAUGAAUAUACAGAUCUAACUUCAAAUAGUAACUGCUUUAUUGAAAUAAAAUCAUCAAUUAAGUUUGAAUGAGAAGAAGUUAUUAUAUUCUCCUAAGUUCUACGAUAAGAUAUUGAAAACUAAGGUGGAGGAUAUCUUACCUGUGAUACAAAGGUUAUCCUAUUAGAAUAGAUAUUUCUCAGAGAUUAUUUCAGGAUGUAUUAUGCGUGGUAUGUCAAAUGGAGAUGUUGAUGAAUUCAAAAACUAUUUAUAAGUAGCUAAAUCCUUUUUAUUGAUUGAAGAUGACAUCUAAAUUGAAAGAUUGGAAUGGUUGAUUGGUAUUCCAUCAUCAAAACAAAAGGAGACCACCAAGAUUUACGAUAAUCAAUUUUCAGAUAUAGCCUCAUUUGGUUUAUAUGGUCUAUCAAGUUUGGAAGAAGACUAUUGGACCUUUGCCAGUCCUUUGGGAUGGUCAAAUUGUUUAUUUGAUUACUUCUGUUCUCAUAGGAUGAGUAAAAACCAUGAUAUUCAAUGUCUAUUAAUUCUUAAGUGUUGUAUCUCAAUCAGUUUAGAAAAUCUAGCUUGCUUCAAUUACAUCUCAAAUCUGCCAUGUGUGAAUUAUCAAUAUGUAAUCAAUUUAAUAUAUUUUUAGAAAUAUAAUGAAGAAAUAUUUAAGGCCUUUUUAGAGACCUUCAUUUUGGAUACAAAACGAUGCUAUUCUUAAUAUAAUCGUAAAUAGGAAUCUGAAGAAGUUAAACUACUACUUGAAGAGUAUCAAAAGAGAUUAGAUUAAAUUCGAGACCCCACUAAACCCCAGUACGAUUAUAUCAUUGGUAAAUCUGUUGAAGUUGCUAAAAUAACUAAACUUCUUUAUCUAUUCAAUCCAACCACCAAAGAGGAAUUGACAGCAGAUGAAGCAUCUCCAAACUUUCAUUUAAUCAAAUCAUAAAUUGAUGAUGGAACACUCCACAAAAUCAUCACAUUAGAAGUAAAAAUCAUAGUAAUCAUAGGAAAAAGUCUACACUACAUAUGUUUGUGAUAAUCUACCUACUGGUUAAACCAACGAAGCAUUACCACAAUAAUAUGUAAAAGGUACUUAACUACAUCAUUUUUCUGUUGAUCCGAAUUCUGAAGCUGCCAAUUUCAUACAAUCUAAGGCAUGGAGUGCAGAAAAUGAAGAUAAAGCAGUCGUAUCUAAUUCAAGAUUGGCUGAAACUGUCAAAUAAAUUCAACUGCAUAAUAAUACAAAUCGAAAUCUACAUGUGAUUCUUGAAAUCAAGGGACCAUAAACUAGUCAUUACAUUCCUACCUCCAAAAUCUAAUCUUUGAUGAAUCCUAAAAUCAUUACAACUAUGUUCACAAUUAUCAAAAAGAAAAGUCAAGAUGAGUUUUCAAAAUUAGAGUUGACGUUGCAGUACAAAAAACAAGAACCUAGAUCGGAAUCGUAUCUAUAUUUAUCAAAUUCAAAUGAAAUGAACUUGGAGUUGUUAUGA